GAACUGCCGGAACGCCCCCCACACGUAAACGGAAUUCAGCAGUAUCGAUGAUAAAUUGAUAGCUCGGGUUUCGUACCGUAUUUCGUCGCGACCCGAUAACGUGACGUCGCCCGCCGCUGCUGUUGCUCUCACGGUCUUACGAAACUCGUUGGAUUUGAAGCGGUCGUCCGAGACGCAUCACUGCCAAUAGUGACCGGGACCCGUCGGAAGAAAUAAUAUAGCCGCGGUUCUCCUACGGUCCAAAGUCCACCACGCCAGUCGGUCCCGAGCGCCCACACCCACCGCCGCCGUACCAUACGCACAUUAGCUGCCACCAUGGUGAGUGUUGUAUCGACGUUUUUAAUUAUCGGUACUGUAGUCGUUUGUGCCCAUGUCAUUCGAUUGAACACGUUGGCCGUGCACGUACGGCGCUUCUGGCGACGGCACCAGCCCAAGCCCGAGACAGCUCUAGCGAAUAGCCGACGCUCGGCGCCUUUCCGCCCCUUUAUCGUCCGACUACCGUAACGGGUUCGUUUUGCAUUCCCGAAACCGGAACCGGAACCGGAACACCGUUGGCAUUUUUGUUUUUCCUGACCGGGCAACCGUCAUUCGAUCUGCAAACAUCGAAACCGAUAUUGUUGACGACCGAAUAUUGCUGAAUAAGUGUAAUAACCAGGCACGUACACAGAAAACGGAAAUUCGCGGCGGGGGUUCAUAAAAAAAUUCACAACAAUCGAUAUUUUUAGAAAGAAAAAAAAAAAACCACUGAAUUUAGGUAUUUAAACAAAUUACGCAGUUGUUAAUUUUCGGGAGGGGUUCAACCCAUCCCGUCCCCCUUGUAUACGUGCCCGGUGCGAACAACCACCGUACCGGUCUGUUUGAACGAUUAUUAAUUUUACCCCGUCGAGAAUAUUUGCGGUUUUAUUCGUCGUUGCUGACUACAGCGCGAAGUGAACGUGACCAAUUCGUAAACAUUUAAUUUGCCGAAUAUUUGCGCUUUUAAAUCGAAAACGAAACGAUUUGUUAUAAAUACUAACUGGGUAGGUAUCGCAUUAACGCGUGAUUUAUUAAACAGCGCGCAAAAUAUGUUUGGAUGUUUUAGAUUCUAAUCAAAUUUAGAUACCGUCUGGGAUAUUCUAUGUCGUGGCGAAAUCUCGCGUUGCCAAGUGGUUACCCCCGCGUAGGCAUUUUUUAAUCGGUCGUAAUUUAUCGCAAUAAAACCUAUUAUCUAUAAUCCAUUAACUACUAUUAAUUGCAAUCGCUUCUGUAACUGCUCUGGUUCAGUGACGUAUGCGGGAAUUUUCAACGGGUGAAAAUGUAGCGAAUAAGAAUCGCGAAUGAAUUGCGAAAUCGUUUUCCCUACCCAAAUCGACUACGGGAAUUUUCAGGUAGGUAAUUUAAAAGCCGGAUACUAAAAAAAAAAAAAAAUAAACCGGUCCAUUUCUAAUCAAUACAACAGGCAACUUGGCUGAAAUGUAUGCGUUUCAAUAUUAGAUCACCCGUAUUUGUUUAUAAUUUUUUAGCCAAUUAGGCCUUAAUCCCCCUGCCCUGGUCGUCCUACAGUAAAUAAAUAAUAAGUAACUACCCCGGUGUUUUAAUAAAAAAAAAAAUAAUAAUAAUAAUCAUUGUUUUUUUUUUUUUUUUUUAUGUUUAUUACAUACCAGCAAAAGCCAAACAUUGAUCUUGACGAUUUUGCGGUUUAUUUUCAAUUUUUUAUUACUUAAAAACAGAUUAUUUAUAUUUACUCGGUAUACUCGUGUAAAGAUUUUACUAUCUAUCUUUUAAGUAUCCACUUAUACUAAACAUUUAGCUCGUUAAACACUUACAAAACACGUUUAAUGGUAGGACCAAUAUUUGUGUUACGCACUAAAUAUGGAUGCCAGAUUAGGAGGCCAUAAUCAAAGUGUAAACGGAUCAAUAAACGGGUAAUAAAAUAUUUUCAAUGCGGAUUCGUCUGUAAAAUUUCAAUAUGCGCGUUUAGGAGAAAAAAAAAAAAAUAAAAAAUAAACCUAGCCUUGCAGACGCUUUGUUCCUAAUAAAAAGUGCGUGGUCAUUGAACGAUACUUUGGAGUGGGAUUUUUCACCGCGAGAUCGUGUACCCGCCGCAGACACUCUUAAUAAAUGUCCAUUACCCAAAGAAUAAUUCAAUUGCAAGCAUAUUGGGGCAAUCCCUUCGGCGGAAAUUCGUUACCGGCCGUGAUCAUACCAAACGAACUUCAACGAAUGUUAUGAUGUCCGCAGUUACGGAUAGGCCACCGCGAGACACCAGAGUUACGGAGGCUAAAGCUCGUACGGCCGCAUGCGCGAAAAACCGUACCGCGCGAUUGAACCGCCGCCGGCUGGCUGCGCUUCACCGUACGCCGGGGUCGCCGCUUCAAUCCGCGUAGUUCAGCAGGGAUCGUAGUUCGUGUUUUUGGCGGUUGUUUUUUUUUUUUUUUUCGGAAAUCGUUUGCGUCAUUUAUGGGGAAGUGCAAAAAAAAAAAAAAACAAAUUUAAAUAAAAUUCAAUGUUUUCGAAACAUCGCGCCAAGGAAAUUAAUAAAUUCUCCCCCGUACAUAUCUAACCACACUCUGCAUACAGACCUAAAAUUAAUAACUAUCCACGAGGAAGCCAAACACUUUUACAAAAGAUUCCACAACCGUCUUUCCUCCCACUCAAAUCCUUUAAUUAAAAACCUUUCAUCCCUGUCAAUCCCUCGACGGCAGUCCUCCUAGACGUUUAAAACGCAAAUGGUGUAGAGACCUGUUACAAAUUUCAAUAUAGAAAUAAAAAAAAAUAUUAACUAAUUAAAUAUUAUAUAAUUCGUUUGCAUUCCUAUAAAACUAUCGACUUUAAAGCGGUGUCGUCGUUGGGCGGCUUCUUUACUCACUUUUUUGUAUUUUGUACACUCAUGUUAUCCGUACCUUAUCGUAUGUGCUUAUUACGUCUUCUGAUAUAGAUUGUAUAUUUCGACUCAAAAAAAAAAAAAAUAAUAAAAUGAAAUGUUUUUUUGUCGGAAAUCGUAUGCGUCAUUCCGAACCGCGUUAUCCCGUUAUAAAUUGUACAGCCCGCGAAAUCGCGCACUCGCGCGUGUACCGCGUGUCGUAUGGUUCACAAACGCACCCCUCAACGCAAUACACACCCGGAACGCGAUGGUUUAUUUAUUGUACCCCAUGCGCCCCGCUGGGAAACCGCGGAGACGCGCGCACCGCUGGCGGCCGCGCUCGAAAGUUGACGUUUUCCUGUUAAACCGUUACAACCAUAGUUUUUACUCCGAACGUUACGGUAAUAAACGUUUUGCCAUACAGGCAAUGCAAAUACUCGUUCGAUAUUUAUUUGGUAGAAAAAAAAAAAAAAAAAAAAAAAACCCCGCUAAUUUACGCCGCGCUUCGCGGGCGGCACGCGGCGCGGCCCCGCGGGCCGUUCAAUCGCGCCGCUCGUUUCCGGGACGUUGUCGGAAGCCGAGCGGUUUUGGACACCUCAGUUUACGUCGGCGCUCACGGGUACCGGUCAUUCCGAGUGUCGUAAAGCCAGGCGUUUUUUUUUUCCACGAGGCGGCCCCGCCGCACGAGCGCGCGCGCCCCGGUUUUCUUCGCGGUUUGUAAUUGCGCGUGAAUCCCGUUUUUCGGAACAUUCGUGUGCGGGCAAAACGACGAUGUUUACGAACACUUGGAGUUUUCGCCGCGAUUUCAAACGCGUAGUGUCCGUUGUUGAUACCGGCCGUCGGUUUUUCCAAUGGGAACCCGUUUUAAAAAUUUUCACACGCAGAUGGCGUGUUUUUGUUUAAAUACAUUUCGGCGCUAAAAUGUUUGAUUUCGGUCAACCGUUCGCUCUCGGUAUUCGACUCUGGAGUAUAGGCGGGCGGGGAGCAGUGGAGCACCGCCACGCCGUGCCGCCACACGAAUGGUACUCCGCCACUCGCCCCCUACCCAUACUUAAAGGCGGCAUUCCAUUGACGUCGCGUGCCGUGUAACGUCCAACGAUAUUUCACCGAGUUACCACAAUAUGUGAACGCCUAACCAAAUUGGACCUUUAAUAAAAAAAAAAAAAAACAAAUACAGAUUGAUGACCGAACUCGGUCGGGUUACUGAUUAAUUCGAAACGCGAAGUCCGAAAUUAACGCGCGUGUUAUAUUUUUUAUUAAAUAUUCACUAGUCACGACUCCGGUAGCCGUGUCCAGAUGAAAAUAUGAUAGGGGGAUGUGGAAAUGUAUCUCGAAAAAUAAAAAAAUAAUAAUAUCAGCAGUUAUUUUAGAUCAAAAACGAUACAAAAGUACGAACACGACAGAAUAAAACUAAUAAUAGUAAUAAAACUAUUUUGUCACGAAUAGCAGAAUGGCCGAAAUGAGGAAAUGCCAUGGAUGUGACGAUGCCAUUAAUAACCACACGCCGAAUAGAUGAAUAUUUUCGACUUUAUGGUAGCAACGUAAUGGUAACGUCGGUUAUGGCGGUACCCAAAUUGCGGUUAUGAUAUUACUCAUCCAAUCGUACCGUUAAAUAUUACGCGGCCCACAUGGUCUACGCGACUACACGGCACACGGUGUCAGUGCCCAGUGGGAAUGCCGCCUUACUAGUCGAAUAUCUCGUCGACGUGUUGACCGAAAUCAAACAUUUUAGUACCAAAAUUUAUUUAAACUAAUACUCCAUUUAUUUACGGAAUUUCAUUGUACAGAUUCUCGUUUGAAAAACCAACGUUAGUAUAGCCGCGGGAUACUCCCUUACCUAAAUGUUGUGAAAAAUCCAAGUACCUAAUUGAAAAUAUCGUCUUUAACUAUAUUUAAAAAUUCCAAAACUAAAAAUUUGACCAUAAAAAUGGGAUUAGCGUGCUUAAGUGAAUCAUCCUGUAUAUGAUGAUGAAUGAUCUGAGAUAAAUCAUCUCAGUUUUCCGCCACUCCAGUAACAUCACCUCACUUGCAAUUGGUAUAGGUCCACACCUAUGGCUUAACCAUUUCUUUAUUAUUUAUUAUCACGAAAAAUAAUAAGAAAAAAAAAUUUAACUGGAUUAAUUUGUUUAUUUUUAUAACUAAAUUAUGGGUAAUAAAUUGAUUUAUCUAAAUAAAUAAAUAAUAAAAAAAAAGUUAAGUUAUAGUAGAAAACUGAGCUACUGAGGAUACUAAUGGAAACAUGUUAGAAUGAAUAAAAGUCCCUGGUAUAAUUUUUAACGUGAAUUCGUAAUUUAAACAAUGCCCUCUAAAAUUAGAUUUGCAAAUUAGUUUUAUAUUAUGUAGAUUAGUUAAGUGCUGUGAAUUAAAUUUUGUUAAAUGUAUUGCAUUGCAUGUAGAUUUUAUGUCGACCUGUAUGGUUAAAUAACAAUCUAUGUUAUGUUUUAUGAUUUUCCAUUCUUAAUUAUAGUCUAUGGGCGAUAAAGUCACUAAUCUCUGGAAAAGAGCUAGCGAUGAAGGUGAAAACAGAGAUGAAAUACCUUGGCAUUUGAAAUAUGGUGGUAGAACUUUGGGAACAUUUGCAGGAAUUGGUAUGCAUGAUAAAAAAAAUCCAAAAACAAAACAAAACUUGUUUUAAUUCGAAAAUCUUGUGUUUAUUCAGUUAAUUUAUUCACUGGUAUUUGGAAUGGCGUGGGAAUUAUAUUCUUAAACACAAACUGUUUAUUCGCUGGAGUAAUUCAAUUGUAAGUACACAAUAUUUUAGGUUGACUUUUAUUAAACAAAUUAUUGCAAUUAUUUACAUGUGGGAUUACAGAUUACUAGGAUUCUUGUUGAUAGCGUUGGAAGCACCUUGUCUCUGUGUGUUUGUUGAUUACAUGCAGCAUGUUAGUGAUGUUGCGGAAAGCAAACCCUAUUGGACCAGAGCAUUUGUAUACAUCGUGUAAGAGAUAAAAUACAAUAAUAGUAAUGUAUUUAUAACUUACAUACUUGUUUGCUAAAUAAAGAUCAUACUUUUAUUUAAUACCUUGCUUGUCUACUCAGACUGGUAUUAAAUAUCAAUUUAAAAAUAAUUUUUUGUUCGCCAUAGUAAAUUAAAAAUGCUAUAGGUUUUUUUAAAAAAACCAUUGAUUUGUAUUCUAGUAUUUAUAGACCUUUUUUUCCAGAGCCUCCUUAAUACCACUUUUUCUAUGUUUUGGGCCAAGUACGUUUAUAGCCAGCGCUUUGAUUUUCGGCACUGGUUUAUUGUAUGGUCUUAUGUCAAUUGGAAAAAAGUAAGUUGAUCAUUGUUUUAAAUUUAUAUAUUAUUACUAUCAAAUCUAAUAAUUAUGAUAAUAAUGAUGUAUUAAACAGUGUUUUGAUAUUUUUUUUAUCUGCUCAGUGUUUGGUUAUUAUUAUUAUUAAUGCUCUAAAAACAUUGGCAUUUUGUUUUUGUGUUUGUUACACACACACACACACACACUAAAUAGAGGAACUAGGGAAGACAUGGGAAGUAUUGCUUCUCCUGUUGAUAACAUCAAUGUCUCACAACCCAUGGGCGGACAUCACACAACUUUAAUGGAAGAUCCAGACGUGUGGCGUCCCACUUAAGGCAAAGAAUACUAAAAAGUUAUUAGUGUUUUUUUUUUUUUGUAUUAUUAUUAUAAUUGUUUCUUUUGUUCCUAGAUAGUAGUUAAUUAAUAUUUUUCCAAUCAUCCUACACAAGUAAAAAUAGCUAUUUAAUAAUUAUUUUUAUAUUUAUAAUUAUGAUUUUUCAAUUUAUUGGUUUUUGUAAUAUCUAAUUCUAUUAUUAUUGUAGUGAUAUCUGUAAUUUAUAUCAUAAUGGUAUGUUUCAUAAAACACACAUAGUAUGAGAUUAUUAUUUUUCACUUCUAGUCUUAAAUAAAUUAUCAUUUUGCAUGUAUGGUUAUAACCAAAUUUAUUAUUUUCACCAUACAAGAAUUAUUAUUAUAAUACUGGUAUAUUAUAUUUUGUUGAUUUUAAAUGUUCCUAUUUGAUUUAUAUACUUAUAAUAUAUACAUGUUUACUUUUUAAAUUAAUAUGUUUUAAUAUUUGUUUUAGAGCUUCAGUUGAUCAAAUGAAAACAGUCGCGUCCGCAUUUGAACCAUGAGACUUACAAUGUUAGUUCAACACCAUCACAGUAACACCCUAGGAUUCAUCAAAAAAACAACAGUAUAAAAUUAAUUUAUAUUGGUUUACCUCAGGUCUCAUAGAGUAUUAUCACUGUUAAUCAUCAUUGUGCAUAUGCAUUCCAAAUUUACCAUGGUCUCUAAAUCGAUCUUCAUUUAUGUAUUACUGAGUACUCAUAUUAUGUUAUAUUAAAUACAUAUUUUUGUCCACAUAUAUACUUAAUUUCUUUCAGUAUUUAAUGCCCAUUAGGUAUACUUUUGGUACACUUUAGUUUUAAACAAAUGAAGGGCUACAGGAAAAAUGAUGAUAGUAAAAAAAAAAAAAAUAAUAAUAAAAAUUAGGAUAAUUAUAAUAUUAUCAUUUUGUUGUUUGUUUCCAAUGAAUUGAUAUGCAAAUCAAGUUAAGGCAAAAAGAUCAAAGUCUGUGAUAUAACAAAGGUUUAACCUAACCUUAUAUUUAAAUACACAAUUUAAUUAGGUUUUAGAAAUUUUAAAAUUGCAAUAUUGAACAUUUUAGGAAUAUUGACUAUUAUUAUUCUUCCUAGUAGUCCUUCAAAUUGUAUUGUACUGCUGUUUUCAUAUAUUACUUUAAAACAUGAAUUUUAAUUAUGUAAACAUAUUUAAAUAGGAGUUACAAUAUUUUUGAAACCAUAAACUAUAAUAAUUAAGUAAAUAAUUCUCCCAACUCUCUUUAGGUACCAAACUUUUGUUUGGUUAGUAAUAGCUAGACUAAGUAUUAUUUUUAUAAUGCUAUAAAAGUUGUUGGGAAAAAAAACUGACAGAAAAAGGGGACAUUAGGGUAAAGAAAUCAAAGUGACUGUAGAAUCUCAAUAAUCGGUUCAGUUAGGCACAUUUCUAUGAAAUCUUACUACUUUAGAAUAAUGUGUAUUAUUAAAGAAAAAAAAAAUGUUAUCAAUGAAAUGGUAGCUUAAAUAAAUAUGUCCCAGAACAUAUUUUUGUCUCCAAUAUUUUAACAAGAAUUACUGUUACAAAUUUUGUCUCGGAUAACCUUUGUUCAACUAACCACCAUAGAAAUUUAUAUUGUAAAAGUGUACUUACUUAGUCCUUGAUAAAUAAUGCAUAGUAGGUAGUUCUGAGUGUCACAUAUUAAUAAAUUGAAUUAAUUAUUAAUACAUUUCAAUUGUUUUAAAAAAUAAUUAGUUGCUAUUAAAAUGCUAUUAAAUUAAUUUCGUAAUACCUUAAGUAAAUGUUCCUGUAAUCUUUAUAAAAAUUUAAAAAAAUAUUACUGAAUAAUAUAUACCAAUACAAAACAAUAUGAACAAUUUGAACUAUUUUAGUAAUUUCUUUUGGUUUUUUUAUAAUAAUAAUAAUUCAAAAUGAAUGCAUUGUUAAAAUUAAAAAAAUAUUUCUUCCUAGCGCUAGUAAAUAAUAUUACAAUAUUAUAAAAAAAUUAUUUAUUGAAUAUCAUCAAUUGUAUCUUAUAGUUGCUUUAAACUGUUAUUUAUAUAAUAUUAAUAAAAUAAAAAAGAAAAAAAAAUGACAAUUGUGUUCAUAUUAAUAGUUUAUAAAAUAUGAACUAUAACAUUAUAAUUCUAGUGUGAUAUUAAUUAUACAUUUGUAUGGGAUUUUUUUUUUACAUUUUAUUUAAGAACAUGUCAUAACAAUUAAAAACUAAUAAUUUAUAAAAACAAACUUUAUUUUAUUUUUACUUUUUAAUAACAUUUUCUUACAAUAAUUAUUUGUAUUUUCGAAACUUUGUUUAUAAGAAUAACAUAGUUGUUCUGGUGGCGUGGAAAAAAAAAUUUGUGUUGAUAGGACUCUGGACUUUUAUAUUAAUCAUUGCAAAUAUGAGACUUUUGUACUGUUCACUCAUUCAUUGACCAUAACUGCCUAUUAUUUUAAAUGUCAGAGCUCAAAAAAAUAGUUACCACGUCACCUGUUGUUGAUAAUCUAUUAUUAUUAUUAUUAUUGUUAUUAUUUAUUUAUUUUUAAUUUUCAGUUUUUUUUUUAAUAAUAUCAAUUAUUUUUAAAACAAACAAAAUAUGCAUUAUGUAAUAAUAUUUUUUUUAUAAGGUUGGGUAUAACUUAAACACUUAAUUUUAGUUAGUCACUAAACAUAUUAAUUUUUAACUUGAUAAGUAAGUUAUCUGAAACCUAACCUUUUAGACUUGUUUUAUUAAAUGUGCAACAUUUAUUGUUUUUAAAUUUAAAUGUUUGGUAUGAGAAUUAUUAAUGGUUUUACAAUUUAUUUAAGUUUAAAUACAAACAAAUGGACAUAUUUUGCCUGAUGGGUGGGCCACUGUUGUAGGUGAAAAGUUGGGAAGGUAGGAGGGAAAUUUUAUGUAUAUUUCUACUCAAAGGCUAAAAAUUAAUUAUUGCUAACGAAAAACGAUUUUGAGCAGAGUUUGGUUGCAUAUAUUUUGAAAUAUAGAAUUUAAGAUUUUCAUCAAAAUUCGUAAAAAAAACAAAUUUUCAUUUUUUCUUACAAUUCUUUCCUGUUUUUGCUAUUUAUUAUGAAAACCCACGGAAAAUCAAAAAAUUAUCUCCUUAAAGUACAACCCCAGUACAAUUUAGUAUUAGUAAAGGUGGUACAUUGAAAAAUUGGAGCAAAAUUUCUAGUAGAAUAGUUGUUCACAGAUAAAAUUAAAAUAAACAUUGUAAACCAUUACAUUCCUCAAUUCAAAUUCUAAAAUAGUGGGAGCUAUUUUUUUAAAAAAUUUAAAUGUAAUUUUCAUCAGACAUAUUCUUAUACAAAUUAUACAAAUCCAAAUAACUUGUCCAGCCUUGGUAACUAUUUUUGAACUAUAAAUCCUUAUCAGCUAUUAAUACGGUGUGUGUAGAAUAUUUAUACAAGUUAAAAAUAGUUGAAUUUUUUCAUAAAAUAAUUAGUUACUUUAUAUAUUUAUUCAUUAGACAAAUUAUUUAUUAAACUGAUAGAUAAAAUAAAUUAAUAUAUUAUAUUUAUGGAAUAUUCAUUGAAAAUUAUCUUUUGAUUAUUAAAUUAUGGAGCUAAAAUUUUACGGUAUCUAUACAAUAUUUAUUACAUUAAGUAAUAUUAUAUUAGGUAAUUAUUACACUAGGUCACUUAUUUAUGGUGUUCUUUUUAUAAUGCAUAAUAUUGGUUUUAAAUGAAAUUAUAAUGUAGACUUAAAGGACACAAAAUAUGGGAUACUAAGUCAUCAUGAUAGUUAAACCUUAAUAUAUCUAUUUAUAGUUUUAAAAUUAUUGUAUCAGCUUAGACCAAUAAUAAUUAUUAAUCAUUGUUAACUUGAUAGCAUAUCUGUAGUUUUUGUAUUAUUAUUGUGUUAUAACUAUUACACUUCUCUUUACUUAUUGUAUUAUGAUAACAAUUUUUAUGUAUUAGAACUAUUAUACCUAAUAAUAUUAUUAUAAUAUGUGUUUACCAUUUUACCUGACUAUCUAUCUAUGUAAUUAUAUUCUAACAGAAAAUUGUAUUGGACAUUUUACAAAAAUAAAAAAAUUAAUCAGUAUGCAAAGAAAAAUAUAUUAUUGUUAUAUUAUCAACACACAUUUUAAAUUGUGAGGGCAAGGGGGAAUCUAUUGGUUUUACUAGUGGUGUAGCUAGGAUUGUAUUUCGGUUGAG